AUGUCUCAGCCUGCUUCCCUCACACGUGCAGAGGCACCUGCCAAGCGGUCCCUUGGAACAAGCGCGGUGCCUGCCCUCCGGUAUGACUUAACUGAAUUGGUUGACGUCAGCGGCUAUCCGGACAAUCGUGAGACCACCAGUUUGGAAUCCGAGUACCCGGCUGGUGUAUCUACCACGCAUUCAGUGCCAUCAAACCUAUCAACCCGCCAUCAGGACCUAGUUAACGUGCCCACACCAAGCGUGCAGGACCAAGUCAGCAAGGCCACCCCUGGAUCUUGCCCCUUGCCGCAGGCCCUGGGCCGCGAGCGCACAUCCAACAGCGGUCUCUUUGUCUCGCAAGUCCCCGCAGUCCCCGCGGUUGGCCCCCCGGCCGGAAAUUGCCACCCCUCCACUUCAACCACGCCGUUGGCCGAGGAAUCCGUCCGCAAUGCGGCUGGCAAGGAUGAUAUGACCGACGAUUUGUCUGACAACUCCGAAGAUGACUCUGAGCCUUUGCAUUCCGCUGUGUUGCGGUCAAAGGUCGUGCCCACCCAGGAGAUCUGA